AUGAUGAAGCUUACCGUUGCCUUCUUGGCUGCUCUCGCCGCCGCCGAUGCCGCUGAGGCUCGCAGCCACCGCCAGGCCCGUCGCCAAUACGGUGCCACCGACUCCUACGGUGGUGGAAACAGCUACGAGAGUGGCAACAACGGCUACGGCAGCGGAUACGGCGCCCAGCCCCAACCCCCGGUUGUCGCCAGCUCUUCCGCCCCCGCCAGCUCUGCUGUUGUCAGCUCUGCUACUCCCGUAGAGACCCCCGAGGCCUCCACCGUCGCAACCCCCGUCUCCUCUUCGGUUGCCACCCCGGUCGUCUCCUCGUCCGCUGAGGUCCCAUACAUCCAGUCCUCUUCCCCAGCUUUCGAGACCUCCAGCACCCCCGCCGAUGCUACCUACACUCCCAGCGUCCCCGCUGGCGGUGCCUCCAGCUCUGCUGCCGUCUCCACCCCCGAGGCUGCUACCUCCAGCAUGGCCAGCUACCCCGUUGGCGGCGGCUACGGAGCCCCCUCUUCCGCCGUCCCUGAGGCUGCUACCUCCAGCUCUGCUGCCAUCCCCACCAUGAGCUCUGCUGCUUCAUCCUCCGCCUACGGCACCGGCUACUCUGCCGUUGUCCCCUCCGGUGGUGUCUCCUCCUCGGUCCCCGUUGCCGCCUCCUCAUCGGUCCCUGCUGGCGCCAGCUCCAGCUCUGUUCCCGGUGUUAGCAUGAGCUCCGCUAUCCCCUCCGGCUCCUACCCCGUCGGUGGUGGAUACGGUGGCAAGCCUUCCUCUGCUUCCUCUGCCGUCCCCGAGGCUGCCACCAGCAGCUCCGUCGUUCCCGGCGUCAGCAUAAGCUCUGCCAUCCCCUCCGGCUCUUACCCAGUCGGUGGCGGCUACGGAGGUGUCCCCUCCUCGGUCGUUCCUGAGGCUGCCACCACCAGCAGCAUGGCCGGAACUGGUCUCUACCCCACUGGCUCUGCUAUGGUCCCUACCGGCACUGGCAUGGUUCCCAGCGGUGUCUCCUCCACCCCCAUCAGCGACAUGGUGACCUCCACCAUCUACAGCACCCAGAUCUUCACCAAGACUGCUUGCCCCCCUACCGUCACUGACUGCCCGGCCCACUCCACCGCGCUCGUCACCAGCGUUGUUGCCGUCGGCACCACCGUCUGCCCCGAGUCUGACCUCCCCAAGCCCACCGGCAGCUCGGCCAUGACCAGCUCCUACCCCGUCUCUGAGGUCGUCCAGACCUACACCGAGACCCUCGUCUACACCGUCGGUGUUGGCUCGACUGCUCACCCAGUCACCACUGAGGUCACCUCCACCUCUACCUCCACCCAGUACUCCACUGUCGUCGUCACUGUCGGCAAGCCCACUCCUACUGGUGAGGUUCCCUCUGAGGCUACUGGCCCUGCUGGCGGCGAGGGCUCCUACCCCACUGGCCCCGCCGGUGAGGAGGAUGUCACUUCCACCAUCAAGUCUACCUCCACCUCCACCAAGUACAUCACCGUCAAGCCCACUCCCACUGGUGAGGGCGAUGUCCCCGCUGACUCCGAGUCCAACCCCUCCGGACCUGCUGGUGGCAACGGUGCCUACCCCACUGGCCCUGCUGGUGGUGAGGCCAAGCCCUCCACUCCUGCUGGAAGCGAGGGUGGUGAGGACUGCGCUGCUCCCGUCACUGUUACCGUAACUGCCAAGGAGACCGUCACCGUUACCAAGGGUGGUGACUACCCCGCUGCUACCCCCAACGCUCCUGAGCCAACCCCCGAGGUUCCCUCUGAGCAGACUGCCUCCUCCAGCAUGCCCGCCGUCCCCACUGCCAUGUACCCCGUCCCCGGUAACGGCACCAACCCCUACCCUGUCGGCCCCACUGGCUUCAAGACCUCCACCAAGCCUGCCAUGCCCACCGGUACCGGUGCCGUCCCCACCUCGGUCCUCCCCAGCUUCUCUUUCGUCUCUGAGGUAGCCACCCCCACCGGCGAGACUGCCAUCCCCUCCUCCAGCGUCCCCGCCUCCGCUGAGACCAGCUCUGCUGCCUACCCCGUCGGUGGCGGCUACGGCGGUGCCUCCAGCUCUGCUGCCGUCUCCACCCAGACUCCCGAGGCUUCCACCGUCGCCUCUUCCUCCGCUGCCCCCACCCCUACCCCUGACAACAGCUACGGCUCUGGCAGCGGUUACGGCUCCGGCUACGGCACCUACUAA